AUCUCUCUCUCUCUCUCUCUCUCUCUUCUCUCGUUAUACGUAGGGGUCAGCUAGACUGCCUCACUAUUACUCGAUCCAGACCUUCUCGCGUUCGACGACCACAACUAGUGACACAGUGUCGCUCCCGCGCCCCGAACCUGUCACGUCUUCCCACUCACCCUUCCUCUGUCACCGACCUCAAAGUUUCACUUGGUUCCACCGGGAACACCUGGAGCAAUUACUCGAACAUCCGCCUGCCUCCCCCCCUCGCGCUGGAACUAGGAGCAUUCACAUAGAUCUUGCUACCAUGUUGGGGCCACGCCACGAGAGCCACGAGCACUUGGCCACGAGCGGCGACAUGGACGGUAUGGACAUGAGCGGCACUGGCUCGUCGAGCAUGCACAUGAUGGGUGUCUUCCAAAACAGCAUAGCCACCGCGCUCUUCUCCGAAGCCUGGACCCCGAACUCGGCCGGCACCUACGCCGGCACCAUCAUCUUCCUCAUCGUCCUGAGCGUCAUAUUCCGGUUGCUCCUCGCCGGCAAGGGGUUCGCCGAGCAGCGGUGGCUGGAUGCGGAGAUGAAGCGGCGAUACGUCGUGGUGCAGGGCAAGCUGCCGGUGGCGGAGCAAGUGUCCACCGACAGCUUGGCUAAGAAGAUGACGCUCACGGAGAACGGCGUCGAGGAGGACGUCGUCGUGGUUCAGAAAAGGAAGACGCACCCUCGCCCCUGGCGACUCUCUGUCGACCCCCUACGGGCGGCGCUGGAUACGUGCAUUACCGGAGUGAGCUACCUUAGCAUGUUGGCAGUCAUGACUAUGAACGUAGGCUAUUUCCUCGCGGUGCUCGGAGGCACCUUCUUAGGCAGUUUGCUGGUCGGCCGAUUCUACAGCGUGGAGCACUAGGGCACGCCGAUCAGCCACCGUUUACUCGCUUGCCGGAGGGAGCGAAUCCCAAAUCGCCAAGGCACAAAGCAUCGAUGCCCGUUAAUCUACCAACACUAGGGCCAUCAUCCGUGCACUUGGUCGCUCGGGUCCCCCUCUCCCUCGAGAAUUAUCACGUGGUCCCGGCCCUAGGCUGCGGGUAUCAGCCUAUAUGAUGAUGGAGGGAGGAGGGGGGUUGUGAUUUGCCGCGAACCGAGCAUGGCGUGGCCGCAGGACGGCUGGCGGUCCCGGGCCAUUUUUGUCUUGUUUUACAUACCCUUUUUGUACACUAUCCACCGGAGAAUUGCAUCGAACCCGACCCGGCGCCCCCCCCGCCAUGCUCGAUCUUUGUAUAGAUAGGGAGUAGCGAUAAUGAAGAGUGCUCUGACAGCAGCUGCAGAGCUGCAGUGUCGCAGAGUGGUAAAGCAGAUUCUGGGGGCUAGACUCUGGGGGAAAUCGAAAACCUUCUCAAAACCGCUCACGGGCAGGGGUCAAGCGGCGACGGAGGGAGGGGAAUCCCUGUCGUUCUUCUUAUGUCUACUUACGUACCUAAUAUGCACCUGCAUAGGUAGAUAUACUCAUAUUUACACGUCUAUCUCCCACA